AUGAGAAAGACAACUCCAACUCACUUGGUAGAAGUCAAACUAAAAGAAGGCGAAACUCUAGAGUAUAAAGUUGAGCAGGAGAUCGAAAUACAAGGGAAUGAUGUACAGAAAGGCGAGUUCGAAUGUUUUUGUUUUAGCAGCUUGUUUAUUGCUCUGACUUUGAAUCGGUGCAUAGCUGCCUCCAUUAUACCCCUUUUUAACGUCAAUGAUAUUGAUAAUAUACCGUAAAAUUCCGAAAAUAAGCCCCGGGGCAUAUAUUUUUCAAAGGCCCUUUUUGAGGGGCUUAUUUUUGGAGGGGCUUAUAUUCGGAGAGGCUUGUCUACGGAGGGAAAUUUGCGUUUCAAAAUCGGUUGGGCUAGCCAUAGUUGGAAGGAAAUUUACCGUUUUUGCUUUAUUUUACUUUGUAUUUGAGGGCAAUUUCCAAGUACAAGCCCCUGGGGGGCUUAUAUUUGGAGGGGCGAUUUAACGGAGGGUUUUUUGUGUUACGAAUUUGGGGGGCUUACAUUUGGAGGGGCUUAUACAUGAAGGGGCUUAUUUUCGGAAUUUUACGGUAGUUACUUAGAGCAAGUAGCCUUGAGUGAGACGUUCUAAGUGAAAUGACCCUGUCAUUAAAAUUGACGUUCAAAUGUACCUAAUGCUGGCAGGAAAUUCUCGAACAAAGGUGGGUGUUUCGCUCCUCCCAGCAAGCUUUUUGAGAGUCUGGAACAGCUGGGUUAACAUGGUGAGGGUGUCCACGCGGUUGCUUACGACCAAAUUUAUUUUAAUCUAAUCAGAUUACUCAAUUAUCUUUUUUUUUUGGUUUGUUAAACAUUCCAUAAGUCCCUCCCCCGGGACAACCAUACACUCUCGGCCAUUUCGCUCUCUCCAGUCCUGCCGAGCCUUGACUCGACUGACUGAAAAGGACCGCUCGAAGUCUAACCAUGUACAGUAGAACCUCGAUAUAAGGAAGGGCCGAGAGACCAGCAAAAUUUUUUUCGCUAUUAUGAGGUUCUUUUCCAUAAAUUUUAUCAUUACUGGGCAGAGGAGGAGUGAGCGUCUUCCCACAGUGCAUUGCGAUUGUGUUUCUUCCAAGAUGGCGGAGUUUUCCUUCGCACGUCGUGUUUUUACGGUGUUUUUGUGUAACAUUUUUACCAGGUUAGAAUCCUAACUAGAGGUAAGUAAGACUAUUCAUUCAUUCUUUGUCUUUUCAUCUUUUCAUAAAAGGAAGCUUUACAAGAGAUUUUUUCUGAAACGUAUAUUUUUUCGUAUUUGAAUUGUGAUAUCCUGAUCUGUCAUCGUUCACCGCUAGUUCGUUGUUUGUAGUUUCUUAUCUAUUAUACAUUCAACAAUUUCAUACUUCAUCUUCUUGAAAAUAGUUUAAUAUGCACAGAGUUGAAACAUGUAUGCAUAAUAAAUGUAUGGGGUUAUACGGAGAACUUACCACUGUCUCUUUAGUACAUCAAUAGCAGCAAAGAGAAACUUUACACAUUCCCAUCCAAAAUUAAUAGUUGCCAAUUAUGUGUAAGAGGCUAUUGUUAGGGAUGUAUCUUAAGUUAUGGUUUGGAUAGCAUACAGGCCAUACAGGCAUCUGCUUUUUAUGGUUGAAAGGUAGCUGAAGGUAGGCACAAUUUCAAGCUUGCACAAUUCUUUCACUCUUAUGAAAUGAAAGUAUAACAGCAACACCAGAGGCAAAAAAAUAUAAUUCGGUACAAAAGAAAUUGCAGAAAAUAUCACAUUCUUUAAUAUAUAGCUAGAUCUAUUGAAAAGUAAACAGUAAAUUACGAAGCCUAUCAAUCAAUGACAUCAAUAUUUACAUGAAUGGAACUUGCUCCAUUUUACGAACAACAAAGGAAAUACUGCCAGAGCUCCUCUUUAAUAAGGAUCAUCGUCUUCUCUAAGGAUCUGUAGACGAAAGGAAUGUUAGAAACGUGAGUUACCUUUGAUUUCAAUGACUUGACAAAGCAACUAAGGUCCUUGCGUGCAACUCGCGCAUUAGCCUAGAUCGAGAAUCUUGUUGAGUGACAAUACAAAACGAACGACAACAGUCUCCAAGGAAGGAGUGUCCUAUAAUUAAACAAAGAAUGGUACAUUCGACUUACCUUUAUUUAACAGCAAGUGAUUCCAGAAACCAAACCAGGUUCGAGGAAAUCAACUACAGAGUUUAAUUUUUAGCUCAUUCGGGACGUUUCGAGUGGCGUCAUGAAACCUUCCUUCUUGUCAUACCCUGCACAAAAAUUAUACGAGCAUUACGAAAAGCAAGUUCAAUGCAUCCCUGACCACAAGGGCGAAUAGACUAACCGUCCUUUGAAACGUGGCGGAUCUGUGAUAGCCGCGAAUUUCUAACAACACAUCUCGCCAUGCUGCUCUGACUUGAUCAAGCGUCUGAGCCGAAUGAUGACGUCAUGAAAAUCUCGAUAUAUCAGUUUGAAUCGCAAUGCAUUGUGGGAAAACGUUCACUCCUCCUCUGAUUACUGGGGUAAAGAAAAUUGUUCGUUAUACCGAGGACUUCGUUACAUAGAGGUUCGUUCUGUUGAGGUCAGUCCAUUGUACCGAUUCACCUUCCGCCGCCACAUAUUUCCCCUCGCCUUCUCCUCCCACUUCCUCAAACCCUCUUCUCAUUUUCUCCCCAUCAAUUCCCAAUUAUUACUACUUUGUUUUGUUGGUUUGUUCUGUCACUGCAGCUACCAUCCAUGCAACGGUUGGCAUUCGAGUCCUUAACAAGACGUCAGAGGAGUACUGGUUGCUAAUGAACUUUAAUCUGUCGUACCUGGAUGGAAAUGUAGACUUACCCUAUGUGAAAAAAGAAAAUGCUUACUUCCUUGUUCAUCUGCAAAUUGUUUCAAGGUGAAACUACCUUUAAAAAAAUAAUAGGCUUAUCAGAGGAUAUGAAACGUCAAUCUUAAUGGUUUUACUCUGGGUUUUACUCUCUAGAAUUUACUAAGUAUUCAUCUGACUUAUGUUCAGCCAUUGUCGUAAGUCAUACCUCUUACUGGUAUACCCUUCCUAAAAUGUAUGAGUGUUUAAAUGUGUGGUGGCACAUUACUUAAUUUAAGACUUAUGUGCUGCUCUUUCCCCCAUCAUGGAACCCGUCUUGUCAUUCUUUACUUAGUCCAACGCUUCUAAGAAAGUAUAAGUUUAUAGUCGAAGUCUUUGUCAUUCUCUUCUUAGUUCGACACUUCUUAGUAUAGUUUGACAAAUUGAAGAUCAUGUUGCCUUUUUUCCUAAAAGCAAUACUGGUCUUUGUCACUGUCAAGAAGGCCGCGCGAUAUCCUGUGGCUAGUACUAGAUUUAACUGUGCCUGUGAGGUGGGUGGGGGGGGGAAGGGUUUGCGUUGGUUAGAAACUCCUAUGCAAACGUCGGAAUGGAAAAUUUUUCCAUUGGUGGUAAAAGUAAAACCUCGUUCACAAUCCUAGGAUUCUCUCUGGGAACCCAGUUUGGCAAAAUACUCGUUGCAGCCGAUAUGUAAGUUAAAAACCAAAAUACCGAGAAAUCGUUAUUUUUAAUAACUGUGAACGCAUUUACAUUUCAGUUCACAAAAUAGCGCAGAGAGCCAACUCAGUGAGACUUUUGAAGUAUAUGGGCAUCGUCACACUACCGAGGAAUUCUUACGACUGGUGUAUAACAUUCUCAAGCAACUACUUCCAACAGUGCAAUACGACCUCUACGAAGACGUGGAUGGAGAAAAAUCAGAUUCAGUGGUUCCCGAAGAAUCACCAUUGCUUCCUGGCCCCGUAAAAAUGCAUCGGAAAGCAGACACCGCAGAUAAAAACUCAGUUUCUAUCAAGAAUCAUUUCAGUCGUGAAGACUUUCAGGACUUUCCAACAGAAAUCGAUGUGGACCUGAAGUAUUCUGAUCACGCCGUCAUUGAUAAAAGCAAAGGAAUGAUCAAAGAGAGUCAUUCCAACUUCACCCAACAACUAAAUUUCGGGGAACCAAUCGUACACAACCGUGGCGGUUUUAACGUCUCUAUGAUGAAAAUUACUCUAACGAGCCAUAUUUCGCUUGAGGAAAUUAAACCUUUCAUAGACUCCGAAAAAAUGAGCUUUCAAUUUUUCGUGAAGCUGGUCAUUCCAAAUAGCAAAGCUACCUUUUCUAUUUACGAAAAGUCGAACAGGGUCUCAGCGAAUUCCAGUCAGACGCCUUUGAAUGUUUCCUCUCCAAGCCGAUCAGGUAGAGCAGCGGCAACGUUCCUUGGGAAGAGGCGGGUUCUCCAAACUUAA